AUGACUGGAAAAACACUCGAGGCAAUUAAGUUUCUGAAGACCGAUCUUCUGCUCCGGCUAUUAGACCAGCUUAAACUCCCUUACACGACUUCUUACAUAGAAAUUAAGUCCAUUGAAGAUGCCUUUCAAGCUAUCAAAUUGAUGCAAGUCAGGGGUGCCCCUGCAAUUGCAAUUACGGGGGCAUUUGCCAUCACAUCGGAGACAAACAAAACCAUAAAGAAUUUGGUCGCGGACAUUGACUACUUAAUUACCUCAAGACCUACUGCAGUCAACUUAUCGAAUGCAUGCAACGAGAUCAAGACCAUGUUAACGCUGACCUUUGCGGAACUGAAUACUUUGGAUCAAAAAAUUCUCGACGCCCUUUUUAAAUAUUCUGUGAAGUUGCAUGAAGAUGAUUUACGAAACAACUACAAGAUCGGCGAAAAUGGUGUGAACUAUAUCGUCGAAACCUUAAGAAACCAGAAAUUCACGGGUCCUUUUUCUAUCAUGACCAUUUGUAACACAGGGUCAUUAGCUACUUCAGGACAUGGAACUGCUUUGGGAAUCAUUCGCUCCGUAUACAGCGCGCUUUCUAGAGGAAAUAGCAGCGAAGAGUUCUGGUUCGAGCAUGCUUACCCUUUAGAAACUAGGCCAUAUAAUCAGGGAGCCAAGCUUACCACCUAUGAAUUGCAAUACGAACAAAUACCAUUCACUCUCGUCUGCGACAACAUGGCUACUUCUUUGAUUUCUUUAUUGAAGAAUGGAAAAUCGGUGAAAGGCUCUAUGGCACCUGUGAAAUUUAUCAUCGCGGGAGCAGACAGAAUAGUCAAGAAUGGAGACUCGGCCAAUAAAAUCGGUACAUAUCAGCUAGCCGCAAUUGCCAACCAUUUUAACAAAGAUCAUCCAAAGAAUGAUCGGGAAAAAAUUAAAUUCAUUAUCGCAGCGCCCAAUACCAAUCGAUCACCAUACCCCAAAUGGGGACGGCAUUAUGCACAGGGUAAUGUUGGGGAAAAAUUUACCAUAGGCGUCGCAACACCAGGUAUCGAGGUCUGGAAUCCUGCCUUUGAUGUAACACCUUGUGAGUUGAUCGAUAGCAUCGUCACAGAAGAUUGUGCUAUCAAGAAAAUAGAUGGUCAAUUUGUGCUUUAG